UGCUUAACCGAAUGUCUAUAAAAUCCUUGUGCUUCUUUUGGUAAUCUUUCACAUUCUCGCAGCAAAAAUUUGUACAGCUGUUUCGGCGAUUUUAAAGCUGCUUCUCGUAACUUUGUACUUGCCAUUUUAGUGAAAAGUUGGAGAAAGUAUAAAGAAAAACAAUAAUUAUUAAAUAUUAUGAAUAAUAUAUUGUGUAAUUUUAUGUAAGAAUGUUAAGAAAAACGAAGUUGCACGAUUAUUUACGAUUUAUUUUCUUUCAUCCUAUUUUAAUUGAAAUUAAUACGAUGAUAGGACAAGGAAAGAAGCCCCUAGUAUAGCGUAAAAUCACUGGACGGUUUUCAAAUUUAAUAAAAGUGGUAACAUAAAAAGAAGAUUAUAAUUAGUACAAUAUAAUUAGAAAACUCAAACGACUUUGUAUAAUGACAUGUGUAUUUUUAAUAUAUAAAUAUAUCAAAGAGUAAAAAUAUAGUCAUUAAUUCUCUUAUAACGAUAUGUAUAUACAUAUGUACACAGGUAAAAGUUAAGUUUGAAGGCGCUGCGUAGCAUCCGCUAGCAGUAUUGUAUAUAAAUAAUACACAAGUAAUUGUUAAUAGUGAGAUUAAAGCGUUAUGAUAAAUUUACAUCGAUACAAGGUAGUAAAAAUUUUAUUAAAAUGUUAUCGAACAAACAUAAUUCGGUUGAAAAGUAGUGGAAAGCAUCCUACUGCUGGAAUAAUCGUAAUCGGAGAUGAAAUUUUAAAAGCGCAAGUAAAAGAUACCAAUUGUUUUUAUGCGUGUAAGCUGCUUUAUAAGCAUGGAGUCCGGGUUCAGAAAACUGCGGUCGUACGAGACAAUCUUGAAGAUAUUUCCAAAGAGAUAAAAUACUUUUCUAAAAUGUUCAAUUAUGUUUUUACAUCCGGUGGUAUAGGACCAACUCACGAUGAUGUUACAUAUGAAGCUUUAGCAUUGGCCUUUAACGAUUCAUUGCACUAUCACCCAACUCUAGUGAAGAUUAUAAAAGAUUGCUUCAGUUGUGGAACUUUCCCUUCACCGGCUUAUAAAAUGGCAUAUAUACCCACUAAAUCUGUACUUAAAUUUGGGACAGACCAAGUCACAGGUAAAAUGCUGACUUAUCCGUGUAUAAUGGUGGAAAAUGUUUACAUCUUUCCUGGCUCGCCCAUGUUUUUUGAAACAUCGUUUCAGGCAUUCUGCAAGGAAUGUUUUGCUAGUUACAAAAGUUUUGCAGCAACCGAAGUUUACAUAAAUGCAAAAGAGGAAUCAUUCGCAGAUGUUUUAUACGCAGUUGCACAAGAAUAUCCAACUGUUACCUUCGGCUCGUAUCCGGAAAGGAAUAGGUAUUAUAAAGCACGUGUAACCAUAGAAAGUGAAAACGAAAAAGAUACUGAAGCAGCAAAAACAAUGUUUUGUAAUCGUAUUCCGAGAAAUGUGCUAGUACAUUAUGAUCGUAUGCCACAUGUGGAUUGUCUAUCCAAGUAUGAAGCAUGGAUUCAAAAGUCCCAACGUCGAUCAGUUUACGAGCGUUCCUUCAAGAAAUUCGUAAAUUAUUAUAAGAAACCUGAAAAUGUUUGGAUAUAUUUGGAUGGUAGCGAAGAGUCAGUCCUUAUGAUACAUCUUGCUCGAAUCGCUAGUAGCAAACUGCAACAUUGUUCAAAGUUCAAACUGCGUGCAAUUUGUUUUAAAUCUGAUAUCUUAAAGUCAGGCAGUGACGAAUUCUUCCAUGAAUUUAAGAACAGAUAUAAUAUCGAACUAUGUAAGUUAGAACAUUUGGAAAGCGAUGCCGCUGACGCGAUAAGCAAUUUCGCUGUGUUAAAACCAGAAUUACAAGUGUUAUUGGUUGGAAAACGGUUGAAUAACAAUAAAAGAGUAAUAUACGAUGAUCUUGCACGAUUAAACGACGACAGUUCUAAGUCUGUGCAAGUACAUUUUCCACUCGCUGAUUGGACAGAUGACGAUAUUGAAGAUUUCUUUAGUUCACUCUGUUUACCAUACUAUACAACAGAAACGUAUUAAAAUCGAUAAGUAUGGGGCAGAAAAAUAAGAGCAAGAAUAAGCCAAAAUACGUAAUAUGCUGCUAAUGGAAGUGUGGCCGAGAUAGCUCGAUCUCGUAUUAAAUUUUAUAUUUAUUGAUUGGUUCAAUAGCAGAUUAUUGUAUGAUCAAUGGUCUUCUUUAAUACAACAAAAAAGUAAAUAAAAACAAAUUCACACCAAA